UAUUAGCAUAUCAAUUAAAUAUAUAUACGAUUGUUUGAUACUUUAUUGUUUCUCUUACUCUUUAGUCUUUAUUCUCUCCUUUCCAAGAAAUUUCCUUUUUCUUUCUUUCCUGUCAUUAUUAUAGUUUUUCUUGUGUAGCCAGAAAAGUAUACAAUAUCACAAUGUUUUCUAAUGGAAAAGUUGAAAAUAGAAUUAACAAACCUAUUGCUUGAGUAAGCUAUAUGCACCUAAAGUCAUUAAUUCGUACGUGUUAAUGUCUAUGCUAAAAGAAAAGCAUAUACCCUUUCAGAAAAGCAAUCUAAUUGAAGCAAUUUCUCACCAUUAGUUAUAAUAUUUAUUUCAUUUCCUUGCAAGAAACGAGAUAAUUUUAAUGCUUUCCAUAAACAACAAACUUUAACCAUCAUUUAAAAUAACUGAUGUUCAGGUUGAAGUUCAAAUUUUGAUGAGUUGGUUGUAUUGUUAUUUCUUCAAAAUUCAUCUCCCUCAUUUGAUUUUGCUCAUGCAAUUUUCUCUUGUAUGUGCAGAUUUAUUGGUCACUUAUUUAAGGGUGGUUGCUGAGUUUGCUGUACAAAACUUCAUAUUUGGUCUUCAGAUAUAUAAGAUUUAUAUCCCACUUACACAUGUAAGCUGAUUUGUAUUACAUGCAACAAACAGAUGUUUAAUCCAUGUGCAGCCAGCCUACUAUUUCUUACAGUCCUGAUUACAAAACUUUCAAAUUCAAUGCCAAAAAUGAGGGUAUGAGGGAAGCUAAGGCAGUUGACAAAAAGGGUCUGGUGGAGCACGAUAUCUGUGAUGUGAGGAGUGAAGAUUGUGGACUGACUCAUAAUCCACCACCAGAUGAAAAGGAGAAUGGAAAUGUAACCAGUAAGGCAUUGGAAGUUACUCAAGACAAUCUCAAUGGGAACCACAAGGGACAGCAUACUUGUGCUCCUAACAACUCGGAGGAUAGCAAAAGAAGAAAGAGUCAGCUUACAAGAAAAGGUUCUAUGGAGUGUGAGUUACCUGAACUGGUUGUUUUCUUUCAAGAGAGCAGUUACAAUUUCGUGAAGGACAUGAGUAUGGACAAGAAAUUUCCUUGUAAGGAAAAGUGUUUGGUUGACUCUUGCGUACAUGAAUCUGAUGCUGACAGACAAAGCAAACCAGUUGAACAAACAAUGGAACCGCUUUCAUCAUUCAUUUUGAAAGCAUCAAAACCUACUGACCAAGAAAAGGAUCAUGGUGAUGAUGGAACAAAGCAGCUUGGUUUUACAAACUUGGUGACAGAAGAUUUAGAUUCUAGUGCAAGUGAUGGGAUCUCAUUUCGUAAAGCAACGAAGGAAAUUAUACCUGAAUCGCAACUUGUGGUUCAAAAGGUUCAAAAGUCAGCUUUGACAAUUGACAACAACAAAAACAAGGACACUAGCCAAACAAGCAGUGUCACCAUCCUUAAAGAGGUGAAGAGUGGAAAGAGCUCUUGUGGUAGUGAUUUAGCCACAACCAGUGGAACAGAGGAGCCACCACUUGGUGCAGUUUGUCAUCAGCAGCUUGCUGAAACAGGACACACCACCAGACGCCAUGAAAAUGAAAUCUCACAAAGCUUCACUGAACAAGGUCAAUCUCACCAAAAGUACUGCAAUGAAGAGCCAACUCAUCCUUCAGGCCGCAUGUCGCACCAAGUUUCUGCAUCACCAAGCUUCCGAAGCACUUCUCAUCGCUCAAACAGCAGCACUACUAGUUCACGCUCUUUCGCUUUCCCUAUAUUGGCAGCAGAAUGGCAUGGAAGCCCAGAACAAAUGGUAAAACCUGAAAAGAGACCAUUGAAAAAGCGCCAAGGGAAGUGUUGCAGCAUUCUCUGCUGUAAAUUCUGAAAUUGUUUGUGUAUAUACUUAUUUUUUUGGACUUGCUAGUAGUUUCUUUAUUCGUAUAUAAUUGAUUAUUUUGUUUCUUUUGGUCACAUUUGUCCUGGUUAAGGCCUUUUAAUGAAUAAAUGUUCUGAUGCAAA